UUUAAUGUUGGGUAUGAUGGCUGCAUUGCGGUUCAAGAAUGGUGGUGGGAAGUGAUCAAAAUAUUUUGGAUUUGGAAGUUUUGUGUUGCUGUUAGCAAAUAAAAUAACUUUUAUUUGUCCAAUUUCUAUAAAAAAAGAUUAUAUAUACGUGCAAGUCACAUUACAUUUCCAUCAUAGUUAUGGAGAUUCCUGGGGAGUCAAACGAUAGCUGCGAGGUUAGAAAUGCUUCGGCCGCUCCGUUUUCUUUACCAGAUGUAUUGACAGAUGUAGGUAUUGCCAGUACCAGCGACGAACAGAAUGCAAGGACGAAUGAUGCCCUUCAAUCUUCGUCGCUUGCCGGUGAAACUAAUAUUCAACCUUCGGUUGAACCAUCAAGGGAAACAAGCAACCUAUGUAAUGAACCAAUUUCAGUUUCUGAAUUAAGUAACAACCAUCCUCCGCAAGGAGAGGCUGGGAGUAAUGCUGCUGUUACUAACCAAUGCGUAGAAUCUCCGAAGGGAUUUGUAAAGUCUGAGGAUCACACUUCAGACUGUAUUAGUAAUUUGAACAAUAAUAUUGUAGAACCUGCAAUAAAUGAGAAUGAAACAAAUGCUUUGCAGGGGGAAACUCAGGAUUAUGUUAUGCCAAAAUAUACAUUUGCUUGUGAACCACAGCUUAUUACUGGUGUAUGGGAAGAAUUCAAGAAAGUUCCAGAAGAAUGCUUUACAAAGGGUUGCAAGUGGUCACCGGAUGGCACAUGCAUCCUAACAAAUAGUGAUGACAACCUUCUUCGCAUCUUUGACCUGCCUCGUGAAUUGCAUUGCCAAGAAUUUUGGCCUGAAGGGAAGACUUUGCCUGAGCUGAAAUCAACGUUGCUUAUUAAAGAAGGAGGGCGUGUAUAUGAUUAUUGUUGGUAUCCUUUUAUGUCAUCAUGGAAUCCUUUGUCAUGUUGUCUUGUAAGCACCAGUCAGUUCAGCCCUGUUCAUCUUUGGGAUGCAUAUACAGGACAAUUGCGAGCUAGUUACAGAUCCUAUAACAGUGUGGAUGAAAUUGAGCAUGCUUUUAGUGUAGCAUUUAACCUAACUGGAGAAAAACUUUAUUGUGGUUUCAAGAAGAGGUUAAGUGUGUUUCAUACUGCUUCUCCUGGAAGCACUUGUGAAAAUAGAAACUUAAAAGGCCUUGGUCGACCUGUUGGGAUAGUAUCCUGUAUCUGUGUAAAUCCAGCAAAUGAAAAUAUUUAUGCAUUUAGCAGUUAUUCACGAACUAUUGGUCUCUGUACUGAGCCUGAUGGACAGGUGAUGUGUUUAUUGUGUAAUGAAGGAGGGGGUCUCACCCACAUCAUGUUCUCUCCAGAUGGUUCAAAGUUGUAUGCAGGUAGUCGCAAUGACUCGCAGCUCUUCUGUUGGGAUAUGCGCAAACUUGGAAACGUUCUUUUCACAGCAGAGAGAACAAAUAACACUAACCAGCGUAUCUACUUUGACCUCACUCCUGAUGGUCGGUUUCUUGUUUCUGGAUCAACAGAUGGUUUGGUACAUGUUUGGGACACACAAGAUACCCUUAAUCAAGACUCUGAAGUCCCUUUCCUGCCUGUCAAAACUAUGUUUCGAGCUCACAAUGACUGUGUCAAUGGAUUGAGCCUUCACAAACAAUAUCCCAUUAUGGCAACAUCUUCUGGCCAGCGCCAUCCAUACUGUCCGGAUUGCGAAUCGGAUGAAGAGGCUCCGCCAAGAACAAAAAAACGGCAUGUACACAGAGAAGAUGCUGUCAAACUGUGGUGGUUGGGUCUAAAUGCUUCUCCUUCAAAUCAACAACAGUCUGAAGACUGAAACAUUAAAAUUUUGUAUUUUCCCUGAACGUGUGAAAAUAUCGGUCCACUGUGGAACAGAGGAAAACAGUUUGUGUAGCGUGCAUUGUACUGUUGCUAGUACCAACAAAGGCAGUGUGCAGAAAUGCUCAUCCUGAACAAAAAAGGGAUUUACUUUUGACAAGUAGAAAGCCAGUGGGUAGAUUACCAAAAUGUAUGGUUUGGAUGAGAGAAAUCUAGAAGAAAUUUCACAAGGAAAGUGGUACACGAAGGAAAAAGUAUCUACAUCUUUCAACAUCAUUAGCAUAGUAGGAAUGAACAUAUUUGUCAGAAGAAAGGGAUAUAUUAGAUUGAAAACAAUAUUUUGUGAAUUGUGUUCAGUUAUAUAAUAAAUGUCCACAUUGCUACAGCAGACUGAAAACCUGAUUGCUCCAUGUUUCAUUAACUGCCGUAAUCCAGCAUAGUGGAAUAUGUUGGUUGCGAACAAGUGUUUUUCUCAGUGUAUUUUAAAUUCUUCACUUUGACAGCUUAAUAAUUGUUAAUUUGAUCAAGUAUGUACCAUCUACAUCCAAUUUAGAGUAAUAUCAACUCAUUGCCAGAUAUUUCACUGUUUGUAUGUGAAUACUCUCGCAUUGCAACUCGUAUUAUUGGAAGUAUCAAUCUUUUAUAAUAAAAUAACAAUUGUACCUGACAUCUGUGUGUAAUAUAAUGUUUUAGAAAGUACUUUGUGUAUAAAAUGUUUUAUAAAAAUAUCAGAGAAAUUUGAUAAAAUUGUUUUUGUUAUCAGAAUUUUUUGAUGAUUUCUUCUCGUUCCACCUCUUCUUUUUUUCUGUUUUUCUUUUCUAGUUUUUAUAAUUAUUUUAUAUUCUUUUCAAUUAUUUAUUUUAUUUACUUUACUUUUUUUGUUUCGUAAAUCAGCCGUCAUGGAGCCACGUGAUACCUGUAUACCACUGGAGUUCAAUGUUGAAUAUCGGAAUGGGUGCUCAUUACUUUCUAUAGUAAUGUGCACCCAUUCCGAUAUUCAACAUUGAACCCCAGUGGUAUACAGGUAUCACGUGGCUCCAUGACGGCUGAUUCACG